UUAAGUUAUUUACUUACAUGUUACUUUACUUAAAGAUACAUAACAAGCGAAUAGAUUCAAAGUUCCCAUUCAUUGAGAAGCUCACAUUCAUAAAUGUUCUUGUGCAUUUAAUAAUUUUUACGAGUUUAUCUCAAUCGCAGAAUAUUCCAGAUACAGAUCAAAAGACUGUUCAAAAUGGACUACUGAAUUUCGGAAUUAAACUGAAUUCCAUUCUAUUGGAAAAUAAUCCUGAAAACAAAAAUAUCCUGUUUUCUCCGUACAACCUUUACACAGCACUAGCUCUACUUCAUCUCGGUAGCAAUGGAACUACACGUGAUGCAAUUUCUAAUGUUUUGAACAUCCCCAUCACUUUUUCGCCACAAAGUUUACAAGAAGUAUUGCAAAACUUCUCAUCAGUUUUGCAAAUAAAUCCGAAUACGUCUUUUAUAAGUGGUGCCACCUAUGACAAUGGGCCUGUAAUGCAUGUAUCUGAAUUUUCCAAUGAGACAAUAGUACUACCACUACCCGUAUGGUCAACUGUAAAAGCAUCUGAUUUGAAACUGGCCAAUGGAAUUUUCGUUCAAGAUGAAUACCGCAGCAAGCUGAAGAAAAAAUACGUCCAAGAUGUCCAAUUAUAUCAAAAGAGUGAUAUUUUCAAUGUUGAUUUCGCCAGCAAGGGAGAAGAAGCGAAAGAUACGAUUAAUCAGUACAUCAGUAAUAAGACUGAAAACAAGAUACCUCGAUUACUCGGACAACCUCUACCAAAAGACACCUCAGUAGUCUUGGCUAGUUGCUUGUAUUUUAAAUCAGCCUGGCUACAGAAAUUCAAACGUGAUCAAACUAAAGCGGAAACUUUCCGAACAGGCAAAGGCAACGUUACAGUACAAAUGAUGCAGACUUUACUACUCGAGCCAGGAUACACCUACGUACCAUCAUUAGGAAUACAAGUUGUCCACUUAAGAUAUAUCGAUGAUGCAUUUUCCAUGUUUAUAGGGCUGCCUGAUGAAAAUCAAUCCCUAAAAAAUGUUUUACGUAAUUUGACCUCCGAUCAGAUCCGCACAAUAAUUGAUGAAGCCGCCCGACACGUUGGUUUCAAGAUGGAUUUAAAAUUGCCAAAAACAGCGUUCAAAUGGUCUCAAUCUGUUAAAAACUAUCUUAUUGAACUCGGACUCGCAGAAGAAAUUUGGGAGUCGCCUGAUUUGAGUAAUAUGAUGGACCAGCGUAAUAUAACAAUUAGUGACGUUGAUCACGGUACUGAUAUUAAAAUUAACGAAGAGGGCACCGAAGCUAGUGCCGAUGCCGUUUCGAAAAUAAUGACCGUAGCAAUAUGUGGAAAGAUCGUAAAGACAGUUCAUGUGAAUAGACCGUUUUUCUUUUUCAUUUAUAAUCAUAAUAUCAAGACGAUCUUGUUCUUCGGUACUGUGUUUGAUCCGAAUAGUACUAAAUAGCACAUCUUUGAAGAGGGUAUGUAGGUUCCUAAUAAUUUUUUUUUGAAGUACCUAUUUGUCGUACUUAUUGGUGUGAUUAUUAAUUAAUUAUUUUUAAAAAUAAUUUGGUUUUUUAAAUAUGUGACUAGGUAUACCUAUCUAACCAUCGUUUUAAUAAAGAGAAUAAUUUUAU